AGAGAGAGAAAGUGAGAGAGAGAUAGGGAGGGAAAGCACCUCUGCCACUCUCCUUGCUUCCUCUCCUGUGCGCAGUGCUCCGGCCGCUCCUACCUUCCCUCAUUUCCUCCCCACAGCUGUCUCUCUCUCCUCUCCCUCCUCUCUGAUGCUGGCUCUCCUUCUCUCGCACCACCGAGCCGGAGGAAAUCCUUGGCAGGGCUGGAGUGACUGACUACCUGUUUUGCAUGGUCUGAAUUUCGUGGGGAUUCUGCGCGUCUGGAAAGGAAGAAGGGAGGCUCUCCAUCCCCGGGGGGAUUGGAUUUUACAGAGGAAUGCCAGUGCCUGAGGUGGCGUCUGACAGUGCCAGCGCCGCCGCCAUGUUGAGCCCCGUCCUCAAUGCCUCCAAUGGAGACGGCUCAGAGUCUGAAACCACCUCCGCCAUCCUCGCCUCUGUCAAGGAACAGGAGCUGCAGUUUGAACGUCUGACCAGGGAGCUGGAAGCCGAACGACAGAUUGUUGCCAGUCAGCUGGAGAGAUGCAAACUCGGCUCUGAGACAGGAAGCAUGACUAGCAUCAGCUCAUCAGAUGAGAAGUUUCGCUGGAACAACCAAGGUGAUCUACAAACUUACGGACAGAAGGACAUAGAGGAGGAGCUGACGACUGGCCUGGAACUGGUGGACUCGUGCAUUAGGUCCCUUCAAGAAUCAGGCAUCUUGGACUCUCAGGACGCCUCUACAGGAGACAGACAAGGACUUCUCUCUCAAAGUGCUUUGCAGCUCAAUACCCAGGAUGCCUAUGCAGCUGCAGGUUACCAUAGUAACCAAGGGCUGACACUUGGGGAAUCGGUCGCAGCCCGCAGUGGACAGGUCGGAGGAGCAGUUCACAGCUACAACCAGGUGACAUCCAGCCGUGCAGCUGUCCAGUUAGUGGGCACAGACUCUUCCUCCCAGUCCCAGAGAGACUCAUUUGCCCAGCAGGUCCUUGGCAGCGCCUUACACAUGUCCACUGAGGGCGGAUCUGCACCUGCUGGACCGUCCAUGUAUUACUCCUGUGCCACUUUGCCUGCUCAGCGUGUCAGCUCCCCUCUGCAGGCGGUAGGAUCCCCCACCAAGCUGCAGCGCCUGGGUUCAGCCUCUGCAGACAUGCCUAGCUACGCCACACUACAGAGGGUGUCUUCUCCCAAACAGUCACCAAGCCGACUUGCAAAAUCCUACAGCACUUCAUCGCCUAUUAAUAUGGUAGCAUCGGGCGCCGCUGGUUCCUCCUCACCACUCCCCAUGGCCACCUCUCCUGGCGGGAAUCACACCUCAUCCCCCAUCCACCAGCUCAGCUCGGCUGUGGGAAGCUACGCCACCCUGUCACCCACCAAGCGCAUGCUGCACCACAUCGGAGCGGACAGCUACAAGAUUUCCCACGAGCUUUACGCCAAUGCAACCCUGCAAAGGCCUGGGAGCCUGGCAGGUAGAGGCUCCAGGGGUUCAUACAGCAGCCAGCACAGUCACCUGGGCUCUGAACUGCGGCCCCUUCAGUCUCCUGAGCACCACAUUGAUCCUAUCUAUGAGGACAGAGUCUACACCAAACCCAACCUUAGAGGACAAGUGGUGAACCAGUUGUACCAAGAGGUCCUCAACUAUCUGUUUUAUCCUUACGCUCCUCUUCCCACUCUAGCCCCGUCCUCCCCUGGUGUUGACCCAAUCCCCUUGCAGCGAACUGGAAGCCAGAGCGCUGCAGGCACCUUCCAGAGAGGCAGUUUCGCUACAGGAGGUGGGGCGGCCGAUUACGCCAAUCCGUAUCGCACUCUACAGUUCUGUCCAUCCACCGAGUCCCCUUACAGCAAGUCAGGCCCGGCACUCCCCCCUGAAGCUGCUCUUGGCAGGUCUCCAUCUGUGGACAGCAUCCAAAAGGACCCAAGGUACGACCCUGAAUUCCUUGUGUGGAAUCAAAAUCAAGCCGAGCAAAGAAUGACAAAGGAGUUUGGCUGGAGGGAUCCCGAGCUGCCAGAGGUGAUCCAGAUGUUGCAGCAUCAGUUCCCGUCAGUCCAGUCUAACGCUGCAGCCUACCUUCAGCACCUCUGCUUUGGAGACAACAAGAUCAAGUCUGAGAUCCGUCGGCAGGGUGGAAUCCAGCUGUUGGUGGACCUGUUGGACCACCGAAUGACAGAUGUUCACCGCAGCGCCUGCGGAGCACUGAGGAACCUGGUGUAUGGCAAGGCUAAUGACGACAACAAGAUCGCCCUGAAGAACUGCGGAGGCAUACCCGCUCUGGUCCGACUACUCAGGAAGACCACAGACCUGGAAAUCCGAGAGCUGCUCACAGGUGUUUUGUGGAACCUGUCGUCCUGCGAUGCCUUGAAGAUGCCCAUCAUCCAGGAUGCCCUGGCGGUGCUGACUAACGCUGUGAUCAUCCCACACUCAGGCUGGGACACAUCUCCCCACACCCAGGAGGACCGCAAGCUUCACCUGCACUCCUCCCAGGUCCUCCGUAACGCCACCGGCUGCCUCCGGAAUGUGAGUUCUGCUGGGGAGGAAGCUCGGAGGAGGAUGAGGGAGUGUGAGGGCCUCACCGAUGCUCUGCUUUACGUCAUCCAGACCGCUCUGGGGAGCAGUGAGAUAGACAGCAAGACUGUGGAGAACUGCGUGUGCAUCCUGAGGAACUUGUCGUACCGUCUGGCUGCAGAGACGUCGCACAACCAGCAGGGUGGCUCUGAGGAGCUGGAUGGCUUGUUGUGCGACACCGGUGGCAAGGACGCAGAGAGUUCUGGGUGUUGGGGAAAGAAGAAGAAGAAAAAGAAGGGGCACGAUCAGUGGGAUGGUGUCGGCCCUUUUCCAGACUUGGCUGAGCCUCCGAAAGGCAUCCAGAUGUUGUGGCACCCCACUAUUGUCAAGCCCUACCUCACACUGCUGUCGGAGUGCUCCAACCCAGACACCCUGGAGGGAGCAGCUGGGGCUCUGCAGAACCUAGCCGCCGGCAGCUGGAAGUGGUCCGUCUACAUCCGAGCUGCAGUGCGCAAAGAAAAAGGUCUACCUAUCCUGGUGGAGUUACUGAGGAUAGACAAUGACCGGGUGGUCUGUGCUGUAGCUACUGCCCUGAGAAACAUGGCUCUGGACAUACGGAACAAGGAGCUUAUUGGCAAAUAUGCCAUGAGGGACUUGGUGCAUCGUUUACCUGGAGGCAGCAACAACAACAACACCAGCAGUGGAGGAGGAGGAGGAGGGAGCACCAACAGCAGCGUCCUGGCAGGGAAGACCAUGUCAGACGACACCAUCACUGCAAUUUGUUGUGCUUUGCAUGAGGUCAUAACAAAGAACAUGGAGAAUACCAAAGCCCUGAGGGACGCUGGCGGCAUCGAAAAGCUCAUCGGCAUCGCCCGCAGCAAGGGAGAUAAAAUUCCCAGACAUAGUCCCAAAGUGGUUAAAGCAGCGUCCCAAGUCCUCAACAGCAUGUGGCAGUACAGAGACCUCCGCAGUCUUUACAAAAAGGAUGGCUAUUCACAGUACCAUUUUGUGGGCUCGUCCUCAACAAUAGAGCGAGACAGACAGCGACCUUACUCUUCCUCUCGCACUCCUUCAAUCUCUCCGGUGCGCACUUCCCCAAACAAUCGAUCAGCGAGUGCUCCCGCUUCCCCCAGAGAGAUGAUGGCAUUGAAGGAGAGGAAGGCAGACUACGAGUCGACUGGCAAUGCCAGUUUCCAUGGUAACAAGGGCGAGCACACGUCCCGGAAGGACGCCAUGACGGGUCAGAUCUCUGGUGGAUCUUCGACGCUACAUAGAGGAGCCUAUGUGUCUCCAACUGAUGAUCUAAAGUAUAACCAGGUCUCUUCUCAAGGCUUACCAGCAGAGCCCUAUCCACCCUUCCAAAAUCACCCCCCACCCGACAGCGGCAACUAUGAGGACCAGGCCUUUUAUGAGAGCCAGAUUCACGCAGGAGGUCGCCCCCCGCAGGGUGAACUCAACAUGCACCUACAGGGACUCAAGUCAACUGGAAACUAUGUAGACUUCUACUCAGCCUCCCGACCCUACAGUGAGCUCAACUAUGAAACAAGCCACUAUCCAGCCUCACCAGACUCUUGGGUCUGAAGCGACACAAUGAUGGAGGAGGAGGAGGACAAGAUGAAUGAUGGGGGGAAUGGGGAUAAUUAAAGUUUGGAGUCAGAGCUGAGAGGACAGUUUGCCUCCCUCCUCAUCCUCUCCCCUGUAGUUUCUGAGUAGCAUUUUAGAUAGCAGGACAAAGGAGGAGGAGGAUGGAGCACUAGAAUGGAGACAUUACCACAGGACACUCCUUUCAGAGACGUCUGAGGAAGGCACGAGAGGGGGCGACGGGAAGAGCUGCCACGCAUGUGCAUGCACACCACCUACCAAUCUUACACAUUUUGUUUAUGUGUUAAGUUUCUGAUCAAGUGUUUUAAAGAGUGCUCAGCUUGGCAGGAGGACCUUGGACCCCUGAAGGAUACGUAAAGGAGACAGAUAUGGAAAAAGAGUCAGAAUGUAUCGGGAAAAAUGCUCUGGAGAUCAAAAGGAUGACAGUGAUAGAAGAAAGUGGACUCCAGAACUGGAGGUUAAGAGAGAUUACAUGAAAGUGGUGACCUGUACUGUAUAUAUGUGCUAUAGUAACGUGGCUUGUAGUAAUACGAAGCACAAGAGGCAGCUCUGUAGGACAUUUAGUACUUAACUCGUACUUUAGUUUGGGCUUAAGCAAUGUGUCUCCUUCUCUGGGCGGAAGAAUGGAAUGUUUUUCUUUUCUCUUUGGUUUGAUGUCUUUCUACUUUUUUAAUUCCCAUGUAUAGUAUUUGAUGUCCCACUGUACAUUGACGGAGAUGCAUUGUGUACUGUACAUUGCACUAUUUCUGUGUUAUGUUUAGGCCAUUUUUUGCCACUGGGUCAGCCUCACCUUCUCACCUGAGAUCAUAUGAAAUAGCUGCACUUAAAUCUCACACCACAGACAUCUGUUUGGUCCAAUUGUGAAACACUGGAGAUGAACUGUUGGGUCACGGUGCUCCUUUCACUGCCCUGCUGUUUGCAGACAGUACAGCUGCCAAGAAGAGCUGAAGAGAGACUGAUCUGGCAUACAUUCUUGCUUUAUUUUUCUAGGCUAGCUUUUGCAUUUCAACAUCGUAAAAUGUCUCCUUGUUGUUGAGGCAAAACCCUUACUCCAAGCGACCUGUCACACAUUGUGUAUAUAACUGUGCCAAACAAGAGUAACAUCCCCUCGGCUUAAAAAGAGGGCAUCAAGGAGUGCGUCAAAAGGGUCCAAGUUCAGCUGAACGACUUCUCUGUUCAGACGAAGCCAGUUUGUACAUGCUUUGGUUUUUCUAAACUGUGUUUUACCAAGAUGAAAACUGUCCAACUUGCACUGACAAGAAGAAAACCACAAAUAUGAUAAUGUCAAAAGAAAUUCCACUGAGGGACGGUGGGACCUGGCAGAGCUUCACUCGCUCAGAUGAUGUACAAAUUAGUUGAUUUCUGUGUUGUAAAAUAAUCAAUGUUUGAAGUACAAAACGAAAAAAGGAAAAACUUUUCUGAGAGAUGGGUUGCAGUUCUAACUUCAUGGUAGACAAAUCUGUUAAUAGAGUAUGGAUAUAUAUUAUAUAAAUGCAAAUAUAUACUUUUUAUGUGCAGAUGUGGAUGUCACUUAUAGCAGCAACAUUAAUGAGAAAAGACUUGUAAAAAAAAAAAAAAAUAACA